GUUGGAAUCUGGACAGACAGUAAUAAAUUGCAAUUGUCAUAGUAUCACGUUAACUUACCAAAUCCAGCAUAAGUGCGUGUGACCGAAACCACCCAGGCUCAACCAACAAACCCAUUAACCUUACCUCAAUCACCACUUCAUACGACAGGAUACAAGACUACACGAGCUCUGGCCGAUUAGAACUUCUGAUCGAGACUUUCAACCUCAGCCUCUUCCUACCUACCAGGGUAGCCCGAUCGCCCCUGACCAACCUCGACUACAACUCACUGCUGCGAAACUCACAAUGGCCGCCUACGAUGACGACCUGGCUUCCCAUUCCCAGUACCUUCCCCCUUCUGGGUCUCUCCCAUGGUACGGAAACGAGUCGUGAACCAGUCAAAGGCAUUCCAGAAGAUGCGGUACUCAUCUCCAUCGACUUUGAGAAGUACGAGAUCUUUAACCGAACAAGUAUCGACGCGGCCGUAUGCACGCAGAUGGGUAUUGCCGUGCUUGACAGUCGACUUCUCCGAGGCCGCGAUGAUGCUAUCUGGCUCAGCUCACAUGCAACCACCCCAAUUCAGACCUAUCUUUUUGCGACGGGCACCCCUGAGUAUCUUCGCAACGCUUCUGGGAUACCUUUUCGGCGAAAUGGUCGUUCAUAAGCCAUCAGAUUUCCUAGCAGCUGUAUACGAUCUCCUGCCCUCAACCCGUUCUUUCAUCUUUAUCGGACAUAACAUUGCAACAGAGAGGCGCGUAUUAAGAGACUUGGGAUUCGAACCUCCGCCUCGACUUCUAGGGUUUUUCGAUACCGGGAAGCUAGGCGAUGACGGACCUGACAAACGGGAUAGUCUAGAGAAAACGCUCGCCCGGCUCGCGUGUCCGUACAGAAACUUACAUUACGCGGGGAACGAUGCCCAUUUUCCUCUCCGGGCAUUUCUACUCCUAGUAGAACGUGGGUUUCUGAAGAGACACCCUGAAUUCCGGCUCCAGGACACAAAUGCCCGGAUUCUAUUGGCGAUUAAGGACAUAGCACUGGCCCCCUGGGGGCGUUAGUGGUUUCGCUAAAUAGCAAUGGACUUGAUGUAUCCGCA